CGCGCUUAAACCAGAAAACAAGCUGAAUUUUCUCAUUUCGAUUUAGGGUUCAUUCACAUGGCGGAAGCAAAUAGUUUCACUCUCUCUUCUUCCUUCCUCAAACAAGUUUACUUGUAUGAUUGGUGGUUGAUUAAAGUUGAAAUUGGUGAUGGAAGCAAGCGAUUGGGUAUUGGAGGUUUCACUGCAAAAGAGAAACCAGAUGGAAGAGUUUUCCACUCCACAACAAUUGCGAAGAGGCAUGAUACUGCCACUUUAGUGACAGUGGAUGGCAUCACCAUUCUUCUUAGCGGUUUCAUUAAUAGGUGUCGAACUCUUCAAAAUGGCUUCUCAUCAGAGGUUUGCAAGAAGUUCCUUCUUGGAUUUCCAUACAACUGGGAAGAGUCUGCUGCUGUGUCAUUUGGAGAAUCAACCAAUGAAAAUACAGCUUCUGGAAUUUCUGAUUUCUCAGAGUCAGCAAACGCAUCAGCUGAUUGCACAAGUAGUUCCUUUACAAUGUCUGUUGAUCAUCUUCCCGCCAAUGUUUUACGAGAUCUCUUGAUAUCGGGUGCUGGUGAUCCAGAAGGCGGCAUGCUAAGAAGGAGUAUUUUUAAUGAAAUAGUGCAGAAAUAUGGUAACAAUGCUUUUAACGUUGAUAAAGCUUCUUCUUUGAACCAAAAAAGUGGUAAUCAGGUCACACCCCAAAGUCCUUCACUGAAUGGAAGUCCUAGUCAAAAGAAGAAAGCUAAAACAAUCCGGAAGCAAGAGGAUAGCUAUAUACCAGAUGCAAAAUCUGGUAAAGAAGACUUGCCGGAAGCUACUCCAAAGGAUAUGCCAGAAAAGAGAUUUUUGGAUAGACUACUGCAUAGAAGUGGUGACGAUGUUCCUACCGCUGGUGAAAAUUCUUGUUUGAACCAAAAAAGUGGAAAUCAAGUCACAAGCAGGGGUCCUUCACUGGAUGAACCUCCUUUUAAAAAGAAGAAAACUGCAGCUAAUUUGAGGAAAGAAGAUGAUAACCAUGUGCCCGAUGCACAAUGUAGAAAAGAAGUGCUUCAGAAAUGUAAUGAUGAGAGUGGAACAGAUAUUGAUAAGAAUAGCUCAAGUAGCAGCCCUUUAAUAAGAGAUAAAGCUAGCUUAUAUAAGAAAACCAAAGUCCACCAGACGCAAGAAGAAAAGAGAGCUGUGCACAAAGUAUCUGGACAGGGAGAUUUUGGGAUAGUAAACACCACUAACUCGAGUAAUGGUCCAUUGACAAGAAGCAGAGCUAAAAAGAAAUGGUUAAAAGAACAAGGUCAAGAAGGAAAUAGAUAUCUGUGAAGGUGUUAUGGGAGUUUUGUUGUGCAGAUAAGCUACCUGUGGAUAUUAAUCUGGAAAUUCCUCAAAUCAUAACGUUUAUGGAUUUGUCAUUAUGUUAUUGUA